UUAUAUCCGGUCGCAGCUCCCGGAGAGCGGGAGAGAAAGGACAGAGGGAAGGGCGCCAGUGUUACCGUCACGCUUUCCGCGGCCUUCCCCCACUCAGUCGGCGCCCUGGGGAUAGAUGAGCGGGAUUCCCUGCCGACUCCGCUGCUGGCCCGCCCGGUAUGAUGGGUGCCUCUGGUUUUUCUCCAGCCUCGGCCAUCCUUCGGGCUCCGGGAGCAUCGCCCGCUCCACCGGGUGGCGGCCUUGGUCAUCGAGGUUCGACAGCCCGAUGAACGUGUUUGACAGAAAGAUGAAACGGCGGCAGAAAAACUGGGCGUCCUCCCUCCCCGAAAGCGGAAAAUAUGAUUAUCUGAAAGAGGAGGUUGGAAGCAGAGUUGUGGACCGUGUUUUUGAUAUUGUAAGAACUUUUCCCCUUGCAUUGGACAUUGGUUGCGGAAAAGGCUAUAUAGCAGAAAAUCUAAACAAGGAAACAGUUCAAACGCUCUUUCAAGUUGAUAUUGCAGACAAUGUUUUGAAACAUCCAGUUAAGACUGAAAUUCCCACCUAUCGUGUCUUAGCAGAUGAAGAGUUUCUUCCCUUCAAGGAAAACACAUUUGACCUCAUUCUUAGCAGUUUAAGUUUGCAUUGGGUUAAUGACCUCCCUCGUGCAUUCAAACAGAUUCAUUCUUCCUUGAAAGCAGAUGGAGUGUUCGUUGGUGCCAUGAUGGGAGGGGAGACACUAUAUGAACUUCGUUGCUCUCUACAGCUGGCAGAACUGGAGCGUGAAGGAGGAUUUGCACCCCACGUAUCACCAUUUACUGCUGUUACAGACUUGGGAAAUCUGUUGGCGCAAGCAGGAUUUACUAUGCUAACCGUGGACAUUGAUGAGAUCCUGGUCAAUUAUCCAGGAAUCUUUGAAGUAAUGGAGGACUUGCAAGGUAUGGGGGAGAGCAAUUGUGCUUGGUCCAGGAAACCUUUGUUGCACAGGGACACGAUGCUGGCAGCUGCAGCAGUUUACAAAGAGAUGUAUGGAAAUGAUGAUGGGUCGGUGCCAGCAACAUUUCAGAUUCUGUACAUGAUUGGCUGGAAACCUCAUGACUCUCAGGCGAAGCCAGCACAGAAAGGCUCUGCUACAUUCUCAUUUGGUGAUUUAGGCAAUAUAUCCAAACUGAUGACAAAGAAGGAUAAAUAGAGCUUUAAAUAAUUGUAAACAAAACCUUUUAUAUUUAAAUAAGAACAGAAUGCCAAAUUUGGUUUGCAUAAAUAUAAACAAUAAAGAAUGUAUAUGGUCCUUUGCAGAGUGGAAUUUUAUUGCUUACUGGGUGUAGCUUUAUAUCCUGGCCAAGAUGGAGAGCAGCCUUUCGCCAAUAUUAUAAGAUGCUAAGAAGUACAAUUGAGCAGUUUGUAUGACUUGUACUGUACUUAUUCAGUCCUCAACUUCCCUGAUAACAGAAUUGAGACCUGGAGUGCACCGGUUUGAGGGAAUUAAAGCCAUGUUAUUCCAGAAUACGUUAUUCUGGAAUCGGAGAUAUGAAUGUAUAUUUUCAUGGGAUGAACUAUAGAGUUGCUAGCAUGUUGCUGCUUUAUACCUGGCUUUUGGUCUACAGUAAUUACAAUAAUAGAAGAUAACUUUAUGUUGCAGUAGGACCAUCUGCACAAAGAGAUUACUUAAUUUAAAAGACUUGAAAUUGAAUAUUUUAAAAUGAAUUAGAAGUAUUGCAGGUACUUGAGUAAUAGUUAAACAAGAUUAAAUUUACAGUUGACUAUUACAUGGAUACUCCUUUUGAGGGGCUGAAAUUCAAGCCUGUCAAAAUUCCAUACUGUAUCAUUAGUAGAGAAUUCUGCAUGUCUGUAUGAAAAGUCCCUCUCCUGGAUUUUAAAUUUAAACUCAUACUUUUUUUAGAGUUUAAUGAUGGGAAAGUUAACAUUAAUAUCUGUAUUCAUUAAAUAUUUAAACCAUUUGUUAUAUUAACACAAAUUGUGCAAGGAUUACUUUGUGUUACUAAUGCAUCAUAUUUAUAACAAGUAAACUGAUAUUCUCUACUUAGCCUGUGACUAUGAAUAAAAAGAGCAACUUAAGACAAAGAUGACAAUCUGAAGUCAGUGACA